CACGCCCAAAAUUCCGCUACAUCACAUACAUAAAAGUCGCCCACUCUCCAAAGAGGGAAAGAAAACUCAGUAUUUGCGUUUUGAUUAUUAGUACAGGAGAAUGGCGGCGGCGGCGACGGUGGUGCCACUGGCGUACCAGAACAACACCUCGACGGCGCCGCAGUGGCUGAACAAAGGGGACAACGCAUGGCAGAUGAUCUCCGCAACCUUAGUGGGCCUGCAGAGCGUCCCGGGCCUCGUCAUCCUCUACGGCAGCAUCGUCAAGAAGAAAUGGGCCGUCAACUCCGCCUUCAUGGCCCUCUACGCCUUCGCCGCCGUCGUCAUCUGCUGGGUCACCUGGGCCUACAAGAUGUCCUUCGGCCACAAACUCCUCCCUUUCUGGGGCCGGGCGGGUCCCGCCCUCGGCCAGAAGUUCCUCCUCCAGCAGGCCGCGCUCCCCGCCACCGUCCACCGCUUCUCCGAUGGCACGGUGGAGACCGGCGAGUCCACUCCGCUCUACCCCAUGGCUUCCAUGGUGUGGUUCCAAGGGGUGUUCGCGGCGAUCGCGCCGGUGCUGGUGGCGGGGUCGCUGCUGGGGAGGAUGAACUUCAGGGCGUGGAUGAUGUUCGUGCCGCUGUGGCUGACUUUCUCCUACACGGUGGGGGCGUUCAGCCUCUGGGGCGGCGGUUUUCUAUUCCACUGGGGUGUCAUGGACUACUCCGGCGGCUAUGUCAUCCAUCUCUCUUCCGGUAUCGCCGGAAUCACCGCCGCUUACUGGGUGGGGCCAAGAUGUAAAGCAGACCGAGAGCGGUUCCCGCCAAACAAUGUGGUGUUGAUGCUAGCCGGCGCUGGGCUGCUAUGGAUGGGGUGGGCCGGGUUCAACGGCGGAGACCCAUACGCCGCCAACAUCGACUCCUCCCUAGCGGUGCUCAACACCAACAUCUGUGCCGCCACCAGCUUGCUAGUUUGGACAUGGCUUGAUGUCAUUUUUUUCCACAAGCCAUCUGUCAUUGGAGCCGUUCAGGGAAUGAUCACUGGCCUCGUCUGCAUCACUCCUGGUGCAGGUUUGGUUCAAGGAUGGGCGGCCAUAAUAAUGGGAAUUCUAUCCGGAAGCAUCCCGUGGCUCACAAUGAUGAUCCUCCACAAGCGGUGGACCCUACUCCAGAACAUCGACGACACUUUAGGCGUCUUCCACACCCACGCCGUCGCCGGUCUCCUCGGAGGCUGCCUCACCGGCCUCUUCGCCGAGCCGGUUCUCUGCAGCCUCUUCCUCCCUGUAACCAACUCGCGAGGCGCCGUCUACGGCGGAUCUGGCGGGAUUCAAUUCCUCAAGCAGUUCGUCGGCGGCAGUUUCGUCAUCGGGUGGAACGUCGUCGUGACAUCCAUUAUUUGUCUCGCGAUUAGGUUAAUUGUCCCGCUGAGGAUGCCGGAGGAGGAGCUCAAGAUAGGAGACGACGCCGUCCACGGCGAGGAGGCCUACGCCGUGUGGGGCGACGGUGAAAUUUACGAUGCCACUCGGCAUGGAUCCUCGCCGGGUGGGACCAUGCAUUACGGGAGUACUCUGACUGGGGCCACUCAAUUUGUGUGAAACUAUUCCUUAUUCUAGUACUCCCUAAAAUGAUUUAGGGGUCUAUUCAAUCCGGAUUCUGUAGUAUUUUUUUAGAUUUCAAAAGUCUGAGUAUUCAAUUCAGAUUUUUUAAAGUCAUUUAAAAUCUAGAUAUAUAUUCAAUUCAGAUUUUAAUAUAUCCUUCUAAAUCUAACAACAACAACAAUCCUGUUGAAUCCCAAUACAGUAGGGUCUGGGGA